AAUCAAUAAGCCUUGCCUCCAAACCAGCAGAAGUGAAGUUCUGAUAAACUACACAGCUGAAGCUCCAUGAUGUGGUUCCUGGGUUUGGUUCUGUUCUUGGUUCUGCUGGGUUCAUCUGGUUCAUCGGAUCUGAAGAACAUCUCUGCUAAACCUGGAGAUGACAUCACUCUGAGAUGUGAAGAUCCAAACAUCAACGAGGAUUUAGUUUUAGAGUGGAGCAGAACUGACCUGCAGGAGGAAGAAUAUGUGUUUUUAUACAGGGAUAAACGUCCUGAUGUUGAAGCUCAGCAUGAGUCUUUCAAGAACCGAGUGUCUCUGAAGGACCCUCAGAUGAAGGAUGGAGAUCUGUCUGUGGUUCUGAAGAACGUGACGAUUAAUGAUACUGGAACAUUCCAUUGUAGAGUCCUAAAUAAAGAUGAUCCACAGAGAGGACUGUGGAUCAUCUCCAUCAUCCACCUGCAGGUGUCUCCUCCUCCUCCUCCUCCUCCUCCUCCUCCUCCUCCAGAACACAGAUAGGAGUUUGGAUCAUUCUGAAGGAGGAGUCGUUCCCUAACGAUCAGCUGCUUCCUGUCUCUACUGCACAUGUGCAGAAACUUUAUUGAUCAAACAGAGAACUGGUUCCAGGACCAGCAGGUCUGAUUAUUUCUGCUUCAAUAAAGAUUUUUAAA